AUUUUAAUUUAUUAUUAAUGUUAUUUUUUGUCAUAAAGAGCCCCAGAUUUCAGUCUUCUGCGAUAAUUAAACCAAACGAUAAAUUUGCGAGGCUAAAAACCCGGAAGAGGUGCGUGCGGCGCUGCGCUCUGAUUGGCUGUUGGCUGUCACGUGCUCCUGCAGACCCGCCUUCCUCUCCUCCCGGCUUUACUGCCGCCUCGCCGGAGACCCGCUGCAGCUCGCCGGCCUUGAUGAUCGAUCGAGCGGCCGCGUGGCGUCCAGGUGUUCGUCCCGGGACCGGAGCUCAGGCACUCCUGCUGGAUGUGUUGAAUUUCUUUUGGGACGGUGGUUCUGGACUCCUGUAAGGGUUGUUGAGUUCCUCUCAGACCACGGCUGAAUUAGAAGCGAGCCAGAACCGGAGUUCUAAUCCUCUUAGGAGUCCGAAUCGGGCGCUCUCUGACGCACCAUGCAGGUGAGCGAAUCCUACCAGCAGAAGAACUCGCUCUUCAGCGCCAUGAGCCGCUUCAUCGGCGCCGUCAACAACAUGGACCAGACCGUCAUGCUGCCCAGCUUGCUGCGGGACUUCCCGCAGGAGGGCGGCGGCGACCUGAGGGCGACCGCCACAGGUGACGGCGGCGGCUACCUCCAGCCGGAUAUGUACGGCUCCUACGUCCUCCUCAAGUCCAUCCGCCAUGACAUUGAGUGGGGGGGGGUGCGGGGUGGGAUGGAGGACGCCCGCGCGGUGGAGGGGGAGGAGGACGACCUGCAGAAGGCGCUCCACUUCCAUCUGGACGGACUGCACGCCGUUCUGUCCAAGCUCACGCACAAAGCCAACACGCUCACGAGCCGCUACAAGGAAGAGAUCGGAUGCGGCAACUAAGAGUUCCCAUGGCCACAAACGCAUCACGCCAUGACGUAUGCUGAGUCUGAAUUCCCUCACUACUCCCAAACAUCUAAAUGACGACGUAGCGCUGUCAGUACCCCAGAUUUUAGCGUAAUUCGUCUCUACUUUUUAAAACGUUUACUUUUAACAGCAAAUAUGACAUCAUCCGUUUGCCUAAACCUCAUUUAGAUAAAGACUAUAUUUAUGAACCCUAUAUGUUCUGAUGAUUAAAACUUGGUUGAUAUAUUAGAAAUUUUAAAUACAAUUCUUCAAAUAGCAAAUCAUUCCAGCGCAAUGCAUUGUGGUCUAUAUUCUAGUGAACAUUAGGUUGUGUCCGAAUCCCCUCCCUUAAUCCCUAACUACUAAAAAACUAUAUAGUGCCCUGGAUUUUAAAGGUAAUUCAGACACGAUG